AUGGAGAUUCAUGUCAAGGAGACAAAUCUUGUACGCCCUGCUCAAGAGACUCCGAACCAUUCUCUAUGGGUCUCUACUUUGGACCUGUUGAUGGCAGAAAGACCUCAGGUCCCUCUUGUCCACUUCUUCCGUCGGCCACCGCUGCCGGCGUCUGAUAAAUCCAGUUUCUUUGACACCUCUCUGCUUAAGGAGGUUUUGAGCAAAGCUCUUGUGGCGUUCUACCCUUUGGCUGGGAGGUUGGGAAAGGAUGAAAACGGGAGGCUGCAGAUAGAGUGCAAUGGAGAGGGAGCUUUGUUCGUGGAGGCUGAAACAAGCUGUGUUAUUUAUGAUGAGUUUGGUGAAGAUGACUUCUCUCCAAGCUUGAGGAUGAGGCAGCUUGUUCCUACUUUUGAUUAUCCAUCAACUCAAAUCUCUUCUAAUCCAUUGCUUCUCUUACAGGUAACUUAUUUCAAGUGUGGAGGAGUUUGUCUUGGGAUCGGGUGGCAUCAUAUAUUGGGAGACGGAACUUCUGCCUUCCAUUUCAUCAACUCAUGGGCUGAGUUAACACGAGGUUUGUCUUUAAGCAUCACUCCAUUGAUUGACCGAACCAUACUUCAAUCUCGAGCCCUGCCUUAUCCUAUAUUUGACCAUAUUGAAUAUCACCCACCUCCUUCCAUGAAUUUUGAAGAAUUACAAUCAAGUCCUUUACCUACUUCCAUGGCCAGACUUAAACUAUCGCUUGAUAAAAUCAACACCCUUAAAGCAAAAUUCAAGAAAGAUCAUGGUGUCAUGUAUAGCACUUAUGAAAUUAUUGUCGCAUAUAUAUGGCGUUGUGCGUGUCUCGCACGUAGAUUGCCCGAUGAUCAAGUAACUAAAUUGUACAUGCCCAUAAAUGGACGGCCAAGAUUAAAUCCUCCACUCCCAUAUGGAUAUUUUAGAAAUGUAAUAGUUACUGCUACACCAAUUGCCUUGGUGGGUGAUAUUCAAUCGAAGCCGUUGAUUUAUACGGCAAAGAUUAUUCAUGAAGCAUUAAAGCGGAGAGAUGAUGAAUAUUUCAGGUCAGCUUUAGCUUAUUUGGGAGAACAUGAUCCUGAUCUAACCACUGUCAAGCAAGGAGUACGCACUUGCAAGUGUCCCAACCUAAGGAUAGUGAGUUGGGCCAAAAUGCCCAUGUAUGAUUCAGAUUUUGGAUGGGGAAGCCCGAUCUAUAUGGGUCGGGCUAGCAUCCCUUCUAUAGGAGAAUCAUACGUUUUGUCAAGCCUAUCUGAUGAAAGGAGUGGAUUAUAUGCUUAG